CGCCGGGAGCCUUGGCCGCUCCGCUGGGCCCAGCCCGGCCCUCCGAGAUGGGCUCCGUCUCCUCGGCGCUGGCGCGGUCCCGCAGCGCCUCGGUGCAGCUGGGCUGCUCGCCGCCGCAGCCCGAAGCGCCCCCGGCUGCUCCCGCUGCUUGCGGAGACCCUGUCGCGCUCCCCAAGACCCGGAGGCUUGGACCAGGGCGUGGAGAGGCCGCCAAUCGGCCCGCAGCCGGGGAGGCACAGCGGGCCGCGCCGAGCUCGGAAGGGCGCGAGAAGUUAGAGAGUUUGGAACUGUCCCCGGUGCUGAAGCGUGCGGCAAGUAUGUCUCGGCCCCAUUUGUCCGGAAGCCCCGGCGCCGCGGUUGCAAAUGAAGCCGGAGAUAAGACUGCCAGACCACUUGCCUGCUUCUCCCGGUCUAAGUCGCAGAACUGUCUGUGGAACUCCCUCAUCGACGAUCUCACAGGGAAUGUCCAGGAGAAGCCACGGCCGACGAUUGUCCAUGACCCCCGGCCACCGGAGGAAAUCCUAGCUGAUGAAUUGCCUCAGCUUGAUAGCCCAGAAGCCUUGGUGAAAACGUCCUUCAGGUUACGGUCUUUGGUCAAACAAUUAGAAAGAGGGGAGGCUUCCGUGGUAGAUCUUAAGAAGAAUUUGGAAUAUGCAGCCACAGUGCUUGAAUCCGUAUACAUUGAUGAAACCAGGAGACUCCUGGAUACGGAGGAUGAGCUCAGUGACAUUCAGUCAGAUGCGGUGCCUUCUGAGGUCCGAGACUGGCUGGCCUCCACCUUUACACGGCAGAUGGGGAUGAUACUCAGAAGGAGCGAGGAGAAGCCGCGGUUCAAGAGCAUCGUCCACGCAGUGCAAGCUGGGAUAUUUGUGGAGAGAAUGUAUAGACGAACAUCAAACAUGGUUGGACUGAGCUACCCACCAGCUGUUAUUGAAGCAUUAAAGGAUGUGGACAAGUGGUCCUUCGAUGUCUUUUCCCUCAAUGAAGCGAGCGGGGAUCAUGCACUGAAGUUCAUUUUCUAUGAAUUACUCACACGCUAUGAUCUGAUCAGCCGUUUCAAGAUCCCCAUUUCUGCACUUGUCUCAUUUGUGGAGGCCCUGGAAGUAGGAUACAGCAAGCACAAAAACCCUUACCACAAUUUGAUGCACGCUGCCGAUGUUACACAGACUGUGCAUUACCUCCUCUAUAAGACAGGAGUGGCAAACUGGCUGACAGAGCUGGAGAUCUUUGCUAUAAUCUUCUCAGCUGCCAUCCAUGACUAUGAGCACACCGGAACCACCAACAAUUUCCACAUUCAGACCCGGUCUGACCCAGCGAUUCUGUACAACGAUAGGUCUGUUUUGGAAAAUCACCAUUUAAGUGCAGCCUAUCGCCUUCUACAGGAGGAUGAGGAAAUGAAUAUUUUGAUUAACCUCUCAAAGGAUGACUGGAGGGAGUUUCGGACCUUGGUAAUUGAGAUGGUGAUGGCUACGGAUAUGUCCUGUCAUUUCCAGCAAAUCAAAGCGAUGAAGACUGCUCUGCAGCAGCCAGAAGCAAUUGAAAAGCCGAAAGCAUUAUCCCUGAUGUUGCACACGGCAGACAUUAGCCAUCCAGCAAAAGCCUGGGAGCUCCACCAUCGCUGGACGAUGUCACUCCUGGAGGAGUUCUUCAGACAGGGUGAUAGAGAAGCCGAGCUGGGGCUACCUUUUUCUCCUCUGUGUGACCGAAAGUCCACCAUGGUUGCCCAGUCACAAGUAGGCUUCAUUGAUUUCAUUGUGGAACCCACCUUCACUGUGCUCACGGACAUGACAGAAAAGAUCUUGAGUCCACUAAUUGAUGAAACCUCUCAAACUGGUGGGACAGGACAGAGGCGUUCAAGUUUGAACAACAUCAGUUCGACAGAUGCAAAGCGAUCAGGUGUCAAGAGCUCUGGCUCAGAAGGAAGUGCCCUAAUCAACAAUUCGGUCAUCCCUGUUGACUGUAAGAGUUUUAAAGCCACUUGGACUGAGGUGGUGCACGUCAAUCGGGAGAGAUGGAGGGCCAAGGUGCCCAAAGAGGAGAAGGCCAAGAAGGAAGCAGAAGAAAAGGCUCGCCUGGCCGCAGAGGAGAAGCAAAAGGAAAUGGAAGCCAAAAGCCAGGCUGAAGAAGGUGCAUCUGGUAAAGCCGAGAAAAAGGCAUCUGGGGAAGCUAAGAAUCAAGUCAACGGAACAGGAACAAACCAAAGUGACAGCCCUCGUGGGAAAAAUUCCAAAGCUGAGAAGUCAUCAGGAGAAAAGCAACAGAAUGGUGACUUGAAAGAUGAUAAAAAUAAGACAGACAAGAAGGAUCAAUCCAAUGUCAGAAAUGAUUCAAAGAAAACAGAUGGCACAAAGAAGCAUUCUCAUGGCUCACCAGCCCCAAGCACUAGCUCCACUAGUCGCCUUACCUUGCCAGGGGACUACGGAUAAAACAUCCAUUCAGAGGAUUCCUCAGAAGAGAACUGACCAGCCCUGAGGCCUGAAGACAUUUUAGGAAGCUUAUGUUGCUUUUACAAAAACAAAAUAUUAUGUGUAUUGUAAGUUACUGAGUGAUUAACUUCAAAAAUGGUAACUUCUGAUCUUCCUAAUACAGGUUUUUAACAGUAAAUACUUUGGUAUGUAUUGCACAUCUAUCAAAUAUCAGGGGCAAUGCUAGGUUCUUCACACGUAUUAUCUCAUUUAAUCUUCACAACAACCCUCUAAGGAAGGUACUGUUAUCUCCAUUUCACAAAUUAGGAAACUGAGGCAUACUCAGAUAAAUAGCUUGCCCAAAGUUAGCAGGUGGCAAUCCUGUACUCUUUGCUCGAGUUUCAUUGUCAGGCGUAAAGACUGAUGUCAAACAGUCCACACUGGAACAGCCUUUCUUUCACAGUUGUACUCUGCCUGGGGUAGAGUACAAUUAUGCAGGUACCGAUUUCAGGCACAACUGUGGGGUGUGGAGGGAUCCUGCAUUGUCUUAAUUUUAAGUAAAGAUUCCCACGAGUGGUCUCUGCAAUUGCCUUCUAUCUUGAGUUCAGUUUAAGGGAUGCCAGUUGUCAUCCUUACUAUGGACUAGAGCAAAACACAUUUGUUAUACGUGAUUUAGCACUUCAGAGCUCUAGAACCCUAAAGAAAUUUAACUUUACAGGCUUCUUCUGGCAGAGGUCAUAGUUGGUGUGAGCACAGGACAGAGCUACUGAUUUGGCCUUACACUCCCCAUCUUCAGAUGCACACGUGGAAAAAGGCACACACUGAUGAAAAAAAAUCGAACAAAAUACUUAGCUUGCGUAAUCUCCCAAAUAUUUUUCUCCUUUGAAAGAGCAUGCCUCAUGUUCUUUGUGCUUGCCAGGAGAAACAAAAUGAAAACAAAGAACUCAAUUGAAGAUGAUCAUCUCCUUGAGGGAGGGCUUUCUUAUUCUUUUUUAUUAAUUAAAAUAAUAUUUUUAUUAAAUUAAACGAUUAAUCAUUAAAUCAUAAGGUCGCAGGGCAUUUAAUAGCUAGCAGUUGUUUGAAUAAGAAAAGAGCUUAUUUUCCAGCCUUACCUAAUUGCUCCUGCUCUUUCAGCUGUUUGUCAGAGAGACUUGAAAACUGUGCCUCAGCCUCUCCAGACGAUAGUAAGACCUGAGUUGAGGUUAUAGCUUUGGUGUAAAACAAAAGUGCUCAGGCCUCAAAUUUGAAACUUCAGAGGAAAGGAGCUUGCCGACAUUCUUCUUUGAGCAAACACAGGCAACAAAUCUAGGUAUCAAGGCAUUGUGGAUGCAAAGGAGAAGUAUUAGGUUUUGUAGAUUCUAGUCAACUGGUGUGUAUUCUAAGUGAUUCCCCUCUUCUUUAGUAAAUGAGAGAUUUAUGAAGGUUACUGAGUAUGAUGCCGAGUAGUUUACUCAUUCAUUAAAUAUUUUUCAGCACCAACUGUUAUCAGUACUGGGAUUAAAUUCUGGGGAUGCAAAUCUGUAUAACACCCUGUCCCGUCCUAAUGAAGUUUAUAGCCAGGAUCAGUGAUCUGUAGGGUGAAGCAUAAGGAAGAGGUAUCUCAAAGACCAGGGAAUCAGUGGUUCGAGAAUGGCUUCCAAUGAAGGUGACUCAAAGAAUUAUUAUGGCUCAGCAUAGUAAAUGCAAAGAGUCUUAAGAAUCAAAAGUCAUUUGUUUGUCAUUUUCCUAAUUAUGUCAAGAUUAGAGUUCAGGGACUGAAACUCCUUCCAUCCUGGUUGGGUAUCUAAGCCACCCUUCCCAUCUGGGGGUUCCAGCUCAUGGUUAGGAAUAGCCCAAAGUGAUUGAAUGAGGCUCAGUAUUUUUACACGGUAUAAAUAGUUUAGAAUGUGGGAUAGAUGAUUCUGCUUUGCUUAAAAUGGCACUGGGUUUCAGCAAAGUGUAGGUAGCUGAAUGGAAAAACAAACAUAUAUAUAUAUAUAUAUAUAUAUAUAUGUAAUUUUUCCCCACAAAUGCCCAUUUUGGAUAAUUAGCCUUUUGUGAAUCACAGUGGUGUGUUCUCUGCCAAAUAGUCACAAAUAAAUUCAUUAAGUUCAUCUCUUUGUUGUGUGCUGAGGUCUUUCAUGUGGUAAAAUCCAUUUGUACGGGGAAUGACAUGACUUUUCUGUACUAUAAUAAGAAAUCCACCAGGGAGGCCACCAUUAAAAGGCUCCUUGUGAUGACCUUUCAUCUCCUGUGCUGUGUAAUGAUGGUAGCCACAUACCAAGCACCUACGACAUACUGGCACUCCACGAGGUUGCAAGGUACCAUACCUACAUUAUCUCAGUUAUAGCCCCUUUAAAAUCCUCACAACAACCAUGCAAAGAAGUUACCAUUUUCCCCAUUUUACAGAAAAAAACAAAAACAAACCCAAAACCCUGAAUCCCAAAACAGAUUAUCUCCUUAGGAUCUCACAGCUGGUAAUAGUUUAAUCCAGUUCUGUGACACCCCAAACCCACGCUUCUCUCACAAUACCACACCACCUCUUCCAAAAGUAGACCUUCGUGGAUUUGAUUCUUGUCACAGAUCUUAGCAUGUGGCCAAGGGUUGGCCACUCCUGUGUGCAAUGACCAGACCCUGUCAGCUGCCCCAAGCAUCCCUCGAAACUUAAGGGGACAUAUUCUCAAAACAAACUCGGCACCUAAGCCAGUGGUUCUCAACCUGGCUACGAGUUAGAACCACUGGGCGUUACAAACAUACUUGCUUGGGCUUCACCUUAAAAUAACAGAUUACUUUCAAGACUCUUGGAGGUGGGGCUUAGGAAUGCAGUAAAUCUGAAGCUUUCCAGGUGAUCUGAUGGGCAUCCAGGGUUGAGAAAUGCAGGUGGAAGCAAACAGCUUCAGGUUGGAUGAAGGGCAGUAGAACUAUGUGGUUUAUUUUUUUCCCUGUGGCCAUGUAUUCCUCUGGGGACGUGGAAAUGCUGGUCAGGUGAUCUUUCCACACUAGGGAGUGGUUUGGUUCAGGCAGUGUCAAUUGGCCUUUUUCUGGAUAGCUUCUCAGACAGCAAGCUUCCUGUCUCCUGUGCUCUUUGCUCUGUAAGCUUCAGAUAUGGCACCAGUAGAUCAGUUAGUAUUCCCAUUUUCUUGAGGAAGAGUCCUUGGAGAACCAGAGUCUUUUCCAAUGUAGAUGCUGGGUUUAAGUAUUCUAGUUUUAAUAUAAACUACACCUUGAAGAGUUUAAGAAUAGACCCUCACCUUAGACAGCACUACAUCUAAUGUGCAUGGUUUAAGAGUAAUUUUCUGGCUGGGUUCAUGUCGCUAGAUUGUAUUUCUGCAAAAGGAAGGAAGACCUAUCAGCAUGGCCUUCAUGUAACGCUUUCAUGUCUUGAGGAGACAAAGCAAUUCCCUAGCUGGGAAAGUAUUCUGCUGCUGAGUUUUCCUGGCAAUUGCAAAUCUUCCAGAUAAUUCCUGAAAUGUAGGAUCUGCCUCUGAGGAGAGGGAUGGAAACUGAUACUGGGUGAACGCCUACUACGUGUCAGCACUGUGCUGGCUGUUUCUAAUACGUUGCUUUCUUGUCAUUCUCAGGCCUCUGCAGUGAGUGUUACUAUCUGUUUUUUUCUUUUUAUGGGAAACUGAAAUUAUGUGUCCCAGUCAUAUGGGGACAGAGAAAGAACUGAAUCUGACUCCCUUCCAAGGAUGGGUGAGGGGCGACUACAAAUGAGAUAAUGGAUAUAAAGACGCUGAACUGCACAGAAGACAGGCCAUGCUACUGGGCUCCUUAAACAACAAAGCCCCGGGUUCACAAAAAGUUGUUAUACUUCACUUUCAUUUUUAAAACUGUUGGCUGGGAAGCCUAGAUAUUGAACAAGGACCAAGUCUCCUGUUCUGGUGAGACAAAUUAACAUCUUCCACUUGCCCUUUAAGGAAAAGACCAGCUAUGAAAACCAAUUCAGCCAAACUGCUAAUUUUAAAGGGUGUGUUUCUUCCUUUGGGACUGGGAUGAACCCGUCUUGAUUCCACUCUCUGUGGAGCUGAUGUUAGUGAGAGGAGUCUUUUGGCUGAUUGCGUGUCUUCCCACGAGCUUAUCUUCAGAACGCAGUUAAUUCAUACCAAAUGUGCUAGUGUGGCUGCCUCAAUCAGAAACAGGUAUAAGUCGGGUUUGGAAUUCCAGAUGCUCUGAGAAGUCGUCCCAGGAAGAAGCUAGAAAGAGUCCAGAGAGAAGACAAAUCCAGAGGGCGAAACUGAUGUCAGGCCGAUUCUCUGGAAAGGGCAGAAGGAGUGAGCAACACCCUUUCCACCAGCCCAAGAUCGGCGCUGCCAGGGAUGGUGGUGCCUGUCCCAGAGUCUUUCCAGAGCUCCCCUUACCCACCAGCAGUUCCCCUGGACAUGGUCACUGUCACUACAAUAAUAAUAAAAGUUGCCCUUAACUGAAGGCCUUCUUUAUGCCAGUCACUGUGGUUCACAUGGUUCACAUGCCCCAUCUCGCUGAGUCCUCCCAAGAAGCCCUGUUAAGUGUGUAACAUUGUUAUUCAGAGGGGAAAAGUGACACUUGAGGGGGGGGGUGUUUGCCUAAGACUAAACAGCUGGGGGAGGUGAAGGAGGCUUUAAAACCAGGUCUCUCCGACUUCAAAGCACCCACUCUUGCUCUCACGCCUUAGUCAGACACCAGGAACAUCGUCUUUGGUCUUACUCGUUGCUUUUCCAAGCGCUCAGUAUAUUGAGGAAGGAUCGCUGACUCUGAGUGUUGCAGAUUUCCUCACAAUCCUCAGGUGAUAGCAUCAAAGUUGUUUUUUCCAACAGAAAGAACAUUUGUUUCUUCAUUUCUCAGAGCUUUUGUCUUCAUGUUAGACCCAACAGGAAGAACAAACUAUGUGGGUAGGAGAGAAAAAAAAAAAAAAGCCUAAUUUUGAAGACCACAGGUAACUUUAAUUGAUGCAUAAAGGACUCCUCACCAGCCAGGCAGUUCGUUGUGAUCAAACUACAGCAAGAGCCCUGGCUAGCUCUUUACAAUUUAUAGAACACUUGCAGUGUGUGCAAAAUAUUAUCACUGUCGUUCCCUUUGUGAAGAUAAGGAGGGGGAAGAUUGGCGAGGCUGAAACGGUAGUUUGCAAACACCUGCACAGUGGAAUUAUCUGAAGGGCUUUAGAAACUCCUGAGGCCUCAGCCCAACCCCACACAGAUUCUGCUUUCAUGGGUCUGGGGUACCCAGGAGUUUUAAAAGCUCCCCAGGUGGUUCUCAUAUGCAGUGAGGGGUGAGAACCACCAAGUUAAAAAUUUCACCCAAGACCCUGGGGCUCCCCUGACUUGUUUGCUUGUCUCUGGUGCUUAGACCUCUGGAACACCUGUUCCAUCCCAAACCCACGUAGGUGAGGGAAGAGACAAAAGCAGCUAUUUAAGAGACCUGUUAGCCACGAUGUUUAUGCAAUUCCUUCCUGAGCCAUUACCACACAAAUUGUAUUAAGAAGGAAUGAUUUGCUUUUGCUUUGGGGGAAGUAUGAUUAUGGCUACUAACAAUGGUAUUCAAGAAUCCCAUAUAUCACAGAUAUAUACUCAAAUUAUUGAUAGUAUAAAUGAAUUACUAUUUUAACUUAUUAUGGUAGUUAUUAAAACGUACUCUGAACUUUGGUCCCGGGUUAUUUUAAAUAUGUGAGGUCUGAGGCUAGACCACUUGGAUGUGAACCCAGAAUCCAGACUUCCUGCAAUGCUGGCUGUGUAAACUUUGGCAAGUUACUUAAGCUCAGUUUCCUCACUCAAACUUUGGCAAGUUACUUAAAAGCCUCAGUUUCCUCACUCAGAAAGGGGGUGAUCGGGGCUUCCCUGGUGGCACAGUGGUUGAGAGUCCGCCUGCCGAUGCAGCGGACAUGGGUUCGUGCCCCGGUCCGGGAAGAUCCCACAGGCCGUGGAGCGGCUGGGCCCGUGAGCCAUGGCCGCUGAGCCUGCGCGUCCGCAGCCUGUGCUCCGCAACGGGAGAGGCCACAACAGUGAGAGGCCCGCGUACCGCAAAAAAAAAAAAAAAAAGCGGGGGUGAUAACAGUGCUUGCCUGUUGAAUUGUAGUGAAGAUUAAAGGCUGGUUCACAUUAAAUUCUUAGCAUUGUGCCUAGUACACGAUGUAUGUCAGAUAUUAUCAUUAUUUUACCAUCACGGAUCCUGAAAUGAAAAUCACAGGCUCAGUUCUUGUAUCAUUUUAUCCUCGUGGAACGGAUGUUGACACAUCAAUCCCUUGCAAUUCAAAGCUCAUGGAUGAUUUUUGAGCAUUUUUAUAAGGACUUUGCAUCAAAUUUCAGACAGAUAUCAAUAGACACUAUUUUAGAAAUGGAAUGUAUGGCAGUGGGAUUUUGUUCUUCAUGUAAAACAACAUUUAUGAGGCAAUAAAUGAUUGUUUUUUA